AUGACGAACGACUAUGACGAAUGCACAAACUUUUCUCAACAUCAGGCUGGUGUCAAUGUCGUAACUCAUGAUAAGCACGUUGCCGAGGCUACUGGGAAGCAUGUCCAGCAUGAGAUUGAUUGUUUCAGUGAUGCGCUUAAUGAACAAGCGAAAUUUUUGGAAAUGAAGAAGCAGGUUUUGCGAGAUGCUAUGGACAAUGAGCAUAACUCAAAGGUUGGCCGCGCCCAUAACAGACGCAACCUCGAUGAAUUGGAUCAGCAGGCUUCGCCACGCGAAUGA